UAUGUCACGGCAGCAGCAUCAGCAGCAGUCGGUUCGGCGGAGGAGAGCGGAGGACGGGAUGAAGGAGAAGACGACGGUGAUGAUGGCGACCGUCACAGACAUUCUUUAACAGGAAAAAAAAAAUACCAAGCAGCUCUGCGAUGGAAGGAAAUGUUCCUGACCAGGAGCAGCUCCUGCAGUUUCUCCGGAGGCUCAAGGAGGUUUUCGACGUCUGUGACGAAGAUGCGGACGGAUUCAUCCGCGUUGAGCACCUGGUGGACCUCGGGCUGCAGUUCGGCCAAGGAGACGAGGUGAAGAAGUUAACCAGGUACCUGGAUCCUAACGCUCAUGGGAAGAUCAACUUCAAAGACUUUUGCCACGGAGUGCUCGCCAUUAAAGGUUGUGAGGGGAUCCUGAAGAUGGCUGUGGGCCCUCGCAGUGUGGCCUCCACCCAGCCGUCUGUCACUGACAACGGUUACAUUUACCAGAACGGCGAGGCCAAGCUGGGCCCUCCCAUCAUAAUGUGUACGCGCUCCUACCCAGAAUACGGAGAGGGUUGUGCUGACGGGGAGUGUGCCAUGGACAGCAGCGCUGAAAACGGCAACAGCUGCGACUCUUCGGGUCCAGCUCGGCGGGACAGCCGCCUGAUGGGCUCGGCGUCUGUGAUCUCCAGAGAGGAGCAGUUUGAGGACUACGGGGAGGGGGAGGAUGUGGAUUUCACUCCCAGCAGCCCUUGCCCAGAAGAGGAAACCCGAACAAACGGCUUCUCCGACCUGGGGUCCUCGCUUCCCUCCAGUGCGGGGCAGACUCCUCAGAAGAUGCGGCAGCUGUAUAACAGCGAGCUGCUGGACAUCUACUGCUCUCAGUGCUGCAAGAAAGUGAAUCUGCUCAACGACCUGGAGGCUCGCCUGAGAAACCUGAAGGCCAACAGCCCUAACAGAAAGAUUACCAGCACAGCGUUUGGACGUCAGCUGUUCCAGGCCAACCACAGUGUGUUUGGAUCGAGUCAGGGCAGCAGCACGGAGGAUCUGUUCACUGACAGCAUCGACUCCUGCGACCUCGACAUCACAGACAAAGUCAGUUAUCUGGAGAAGAAGGUGACAGAGUUGGAGAGCGACAAUCUGGCCAACAGUGACCUCAAGUCUAAGCUCAAACAGGAGAACACACACCUUGUACACAGGGUGCACGAGCUGGAGGAGCAGGUGAAGGAUGCCGAGGCUCGGGCCGACCAGAGUCUGCAGGAGGAGACCAAGAGGCACCGCGAGGCCUACAGCAAGAUGGACCGGGACAGGAACCUGGAGAUCGACCUGCUCUCUAACAGGCUACAGCUGUUAGAAGAAGAGAACGGAGAGAUGAAGAUAAGUGUGAGCCGACUCAAGUCGCAGACUGAGAAACUGGACCAGGAGAAGCAGAGGAUGACAGACAAGCUGGAGGACACGGGCCUGAGGCUGAAGGAUGAGAUGGACCUCUACAGGAAGAUCAUGGACAAACUGUGGCAGAACCGCCACGAGUUCAACAAGGAGAAGGAGGCCAUGCAGGAGCUGAUCGAUGACCUGCGCCGCGAGCUGGACUACCUGCAGCUGUUUAAGAUGGAGAUGGAGCAUCCAGGGCAGGGCAAGAGCCUCUCCAGGACCAGAGAGACCGAGAUGGAACACGAAGUCAAGAGGCUGAAACAGGAGAACUUUAAGCUGCGGGAUCAGAACGAAGACCUGAACGCUCAGAUCCUCAGUCUGAGUUUGUACGAGGCCAGGAACCUAUUCUCCUGUCCGUCCAAGGCCCAGUGCCUGGCCGCCGAGAUCGACAACGCGUCCAGAGACGAGCUGGUGGACGCGCUGAAGGAGCAGGAGGAGAUCAACCUGCGUCUGAGGCAGUACAUGGACAAAAUCAUUCUGGCCAUCCUCGACCACAACCCCUCCAUCCUGGAGAUCAAGGGUUAAAGGACACAUUCACACAAGCACUCUGUUACUGUACUCACCUUAAAGUUAUAAUCCUCAUGAUGUAAGCCCCUGCUAGUGCACGGGAAAGCAGCAUACUCUCUGACGGAACUAAACAAACAUCCAUCCUGCUUGUAAGGGACUGACAACCAUAUCGUGUUUUUCUCUAGACGCAUUUCUGAUGAAUAAUGGGGUAUAGUGAUAACCUUCAUUAGUCACACUGGUUUACACACUGAAUUGUUUCCUGUCAAUAGUUCCAAUUUCGAAUAAGGAAGCGGCUGCCACUUACAAUAAACUGCUAUAGAGAUCAUUACCAAUGAUCAGAUACAGGAUCUUAUUUCAUGAAAAUCAUCAGGAUUAUAACUUUACAUUUUGAAUGUGCUAAAUAUUCUCACCAAUUAUAACUGAAACUGUAGUCACACACUCAAACAAACACCUUUAUUUCAACUAGAACCAAACGCUUAUCUAUGAGGCAAUCACUGUAGAACUGCUGUGUCAUGUUGAAUCUGUCCAAUGUGUUAUAGCUAUAUAUUCAAAACUACUGAAAUGUGAGCACUGGGAAAUAUUUGGGAGUGCACAAAAACAUAUGUUGGUGUUUUUCUUGUACACACUGUAGUAAUUGUUAUUGAUUCUAACUGUACGCUAGAUUUAAGUGAAGGACAUGAAGCGAUUAAGGUUUAAAGGACCAUAGCAGUGUUUGGCAUGUUUCUACAAACUAAAGCAGGCCGUAAUGUAAGGUGCUUUUACAGACUUCCCUGCAACCAAUCAGGUCAUAUGAAAAUCAAUUUGACUCAGAGUAAGACUCAAAAUUAGCUCCAGUUCAUUUUGAAUGUGAACAAUGUGGUUGUUUGUAUUGAUUGGCGAUGGUAAGCAUAAGCAAGCUAACAUUCUUAAAGCUAUUUGACUUUCAAACUGCAUGGGAAUCAUGGGAAGCAGAGGGAGCAUCAGGACAUGGUUAGCCUAGCUUAGCUUAGCUCAGCAUUAAGACUGAAAGCAGGGGGAACAGUUCGCAUCUAAAGAACACUGACAAGUUGUAUGCCGUUAUUUCAAUCGGUACACAAACACACAUGUGAAACCACAAGUUGUGGAAGUAUUUCUGGAUGAAUAGAUGUUUUACAAAACAUGAAUUUCUUUAAAAAAUGUGAAAUCUGUAAAGUAUUAUUGAAUAUGUAGUAAAUGACUACAACAUGCAUAAACACUGACAUAGUUAUUUUUGAUGAAACAGCUUCUAACCCUUUAAUGUGGCUGUCCCGACACAUCUGGAUGUCCAAAUCAGGACAAAUCAGUUCUGUAAGCGGUAUUUCAAGGUGUUAAGAGAGUAUGUGCCAAAUCAUUUCAAUGUUUUAUGGGCAUCCUACUCAAGUUACAUUUCCAAUGUGUUACUACCGAGCUUAAGAGCUGGACACAUUGUGAUGACACUAAACAGGCCACCUUCUACUGUUCCCCAGCCUCUUACAAAGGGUCAUUACUAAUGUAUUCAUCAGUAUUAUUUAUGAAUAGUCUAAUAUUACUGUAAACGUUGCAGUGUUCUCUAGAAAAAAAGCAAUUGAACUAAAGCUAUCUAAUCAUCUCAAACAAAACUGCCUUGAUGUAUGCCUCCAGUGUGUUUAGGGGAAACACUUGAUGCUAUGUUGUGAAUUAGUGCCAUUGAACAUAAUUUCACCUUGAUAUUAAACUUGUUUCACAUGUACUUGUAGAGGCACAGUGUGAUCUGAGUAUAAAUGCUAUUCCCAGGGUGUUUCACAGUGAGAGCAGCAUAUAUAUAUAACGUUUUUUCAUUGUUUAUUUGCUUGUUUUUUCACAGGUUUUGUGCAUUUGCAUAUACACAUAUUUAAUUUAAGCAGUCCAUUUAUGAUUUUGUCCAUCGUUGCCUUUGUGAGUAAUGUUUUUUUAUAUGUACAUGUUUUCUUUAAGGCACAGUAUUUGUGAUUUCAUACAUUGUAAAUGCUGUACAGAAUCUAGUUCAUAUUCAUGUGCAAGUCAUGUUGCUUAUCAAAAGUCUCUUGGAGAGUUUGGACACAAUAACUAAAUAUGUGUUGUAGGUUGCACUAUGAAGUCAAUAAUGCUUAGCACACUUAAAAGUGUCAUAGCCAAAGUAUUGGAAUACUAUAAAAGAUGAUGAAAAA